GGUCGUGGUUUGGUCGCCGUCUCUGAAGCUGAAGUCUCCGGACUCCGAAGUCCAAGAUAAACCGAAUAAUAUAAUUUUAAUUUGCACUGUGUUGUGUUAUCAUCGAGAAACCGGAUAGUCAAGGUAAACUGCAGAAUGUCUGAACUCCGUUUUGAUGGUCGUGUUGCUGUGGUGACAGGAGCUGGUGGUGGUUUGGGCAAAGCAUACGCCCUGCUCCUCGCCUCCAGAGGUGCCAAAGUAGUGGUCAACGACUUGGGUGGUGCGAGAGAUGGAGUGGGAAAGUCAAAUUUUGCUGAUGCAGUUGUCAAAGAGAUAAAAGAGAAAGGAGGUGUAGCAGUUGCCGAUUACAAUUCUGUGAUUGAAGGAGAGAAGAUAAUAAAGACAGCACUUGACAAUUUUGGGCGAAUUGAUAUUCUUAUUAACAAUGCCGGAAUACUCAGGGACAGAAGUUUCCAGAAGAUGUCAGAACAGGACUGGGACUUGGUACAUGCAGUCCACCUUAAGGGUGCCUUCAAAACCACACAAGCGGCCUGGGACUCGUUCAAGAAACAGAAAUAUGGCCGCGUCAUUAUGACCACAAGUAAUGCUGGACUCUUGGGCAAUUUUGGACAGACAAAUUACAGUGCCGCCAAAAUGGGACUGGUGGGAUUAGCCAAUACCCUAGUCUUGGAAGGAGCGAAGUACAACAUCAAAGUGAACACAAUCGUGCCGACGGCAGCCUCGCGACUGACGGAGGACAUCCUCCCACCGGAUAUGUUCCAGGCAAUGAAGCCAGAACUCAUUGCUCCGGUUGUGGCAUACAUGGUGCACGAAUCUUUCCCCGAAAGCGGAUCCAUCAUUGACUCGACUCUCGGCUUCGCCAGCAAGGCACAGAUUGUGAGAUCCAAUGGUGCACCCUUGAGAGCGAAGCCAUCGGACCCUGUCACAAUAGAAUCGGUGAAGGAGAGAUGGUCGGAAGCUGUGAACAUGGCUGACGCGAGACACAUCGAGAAGAUUGCCGACGUUACUAUAGAUUUAGUGCAGAAGUUACAGGACUUCGAAGAGCGCAGCAAGUUGGACGCCGAGAACAAAUCGUACUGGACCACGUACAAGUACAACUGCAAGGACUUGGUCUGCUAUGCCCUUGGCGUGGGUGCAUCUGUCGUCAACCCCGGUGACUUACGGUUCCUGUACGAGAGCCAUGAGCAGUUCGCGGCGCUGCCGACGUACUUCAUCCUGCCGGGGCUGGUGUUCGAGUCCCCGGUCGUCAGCGAGGCCAUGCCGCCGGGGAAACACGCUGAUUUCACCAACAUUCUGCACGGCGAGCAGUACAUAGAGUUUCUGGGCGAGCUGCCCGGCACUGACGGCGAGUUCGUCGUCCGCAACUACGUCGUCGACGUGCUGGACAAGGGCGCCGGCGCCGUCGUCGUCACCAACAGUGAGAUAUACCAGAACAAGGAGCUGGUGAUGCGCACCCAGCAGCACAUCUUCGUGGUGGGUCAGGGUGGCUUCGGCGGCCCCCGAGCCAGCACCCGCGCCAUCGACGUCCAGCCGCCGCCCAAGCGGGCUCCCGAUGCUGUGGUCGAGCAGCGCACCGCCGAGGACCAGGCGGCUCUGUACAGACUAUCCGGUGACUUGAACCCGCUCCACAUAGAUCCUAAUGUCGCUAGCGUGAGCGGCCACCCCCGCCCCAUACUACACGGGCUCGCGUCACUCGGAUUCGCUGCUAGACAUGUGCUGGCUAAAUACGGCGGCAACGAGCCAGCCAACGUGAAGGCACUAAAGGCCCGCUUCGCGAAGCCCGUGCUGCCCGGCCAGACCCUCGUCACCGAGAUGUGGCUGGAAGGCGCCAGGGUACAUUUCCAGACCAAGGUCAAGGAGACCGGCAACGUUGUUAUAUCCGGGGCCUACGUGGACCUUAAGAACAUCGUCAAACAGGGGUCAUCCGCCCCGAGCCAGCCCGCCGCGUCCGCAGCUGAUCUCAAGAGCGACUCGCUCUUCGCCAAGAUCGAGGACGGUAUCAAGGCCAACCCGGCUAAGGCGAAGAGCGUCGGUGCCGUCUACUUGUAUAAUAUCACAGAAAACGGCAAAACAAUUAAGCAGUGGACUCUCGACCUCAAGAAGGACAUAUCGGUAUACCAGGGUGAGCCCAAAACUGGCAAAGCUGACACAACCAUGACGGUCGCGGACAACGACCUCAUGGACAUAGCCAGUGGGGCUCUCAGCCCGCAAGUCGCGUAUCUCAAGGGAAAGCUCAAGAUCGCCGGCAACAUCAUGCUGGCUCAGAAGCUUGGACCCCUACUCAAGAGCGACGCCAAGUUGUAAAUUGUCCAUUUAUCUGCUCAAGAGCGUCCCCAAGUUGUAAAGCGCCAACUCCUAUCGACGCCGAUUUAUCUAGCCAUACACAAACUUAGAAGCAUUGAUAUGUUAAAUAGAUGGCGUUAUAACAGCUUACCGUAGAACUGAGAAUAUGCGAUUUACUUAGAUGACAUUUGUAUGGCUUUAAUUGUACUUGACAAAAUAUCAUGCUUUUCAUUCGUUAAUACGUCAAUCUACACAAAACACACACACACAUCACGCAAAAUGAUAAAUUCUGAACCCCUCCGCUGUUAAGUUUAUUUUUGUGUCUUUGACAUAAUAAAACAUAAUACUCUUGUGCUGUAAUAUACCAUUAUGAUGUCUACUAAUUUGAAGAUAAAAGCCACGUAAAACUUCCAAAUUCAUAAUAUAUUUAACGUAAGUUUCCAAAAACCUAAAUAUAUUAUGUAGUUCAAACUUGGAAUAAAACAUUGCAAACUGUAAUUCAAUUUUGUAUGUAAAAUGCUCGGAAUUUGAGGUUUUUUGGCCAAAGUUAAUCCUUUUAAUAGAGCCGUUGAUUGGUCAAUUUUGACGUUAACCAAUAAAACACUGAACAUGUAUAAAUAGGACUUGUAAGGCUUUAGUUAGGUAGUGAAUAAGGCUGGUGUUAUUUGGGAUUUUAUAGCAUUUGAAUUAUUGUGACAUUGUACAAAAACAUUCUAUUAUGAAUUAUAUUUUAUAAAUUUUGUUAUAUUCUAAUUCAUUCCAUUUUGUAAAGGUGGAGGAGAAAUAUAUUUUUAUAAUAUACUUACGAAAUGUUUAAAA